CCUACUUGCUCUCACCAUGCUUAGUCUUUAGACACGAAACGGAAUAAACUCCGAGAGAAGGUGGGGUUAUCCCAUGACGUUUUUCGGAUAAGACAUCCCCGUCUGCCCCCGCACCCCACCAACGUCUUUGAGUAAACAAAUCUGCAGCACAAUCAUCAGGGGCACCUAUAACUAUUUUAACAUGCCUACCUCCAAAGUUAUUAUCCUCACGGGCGCCUCGCGCGGAAUUGGCCUCGCUGCCGCAAAAUUCCUACUUCAGGAAGGACACCGGCUCGUCGUCGUAGCGCGGACCGCGGGGCCAAUGGAGGAGUUGAAGGGCGGAUUCCCAGGAAAGGUCGAGAUCGUUGUUGGGGAUGCAACAGGGGAGGAGGUCUCCCAGAAGGCGGUAUCCCUCGCGCUCAGCUCCUUCUCGCGACUCGACGGCCUCAUUCUUAACCAUGGCACUCUCGAGCCAGUAGCCCGCAUCGCUGAUGCUACUGCCUCCGCCUGGCGCGCCGCAUUUGACACCAAUGUCUUCAGCUGCAUCUCGUUUAUACAGGCUGCCCUGCCGUCACUGCGGGAGUCAGGCGGCCGCAUCAUCGCCGUCUCUUCUGGCGCAGCCACAAAUUCGUACGCGGGAUGGGGUGCGUACGGCGCGACGAAGGCGGCGCUGAAUCACAUUGUUGGCACGGUGGAGAGAGAAGAGGGGAGCAAGGGCGUUGUUGCUGUGGCGGUGAGGCCAGGAGUUGUUGAUACGGAGAUGCAGAGGGAUAUUAGGGAAGUCCACGGGGCUGGGAUGGAUGAGGGGGAUGUGGCACGGUUUAAGGGACUUAAGGAGGAGGGGGGUUUACUGAGGCCGGAACAGCCUGGGAAUGUGCUUGGGCGACUGGCGGUAGAGGCGGAGAAAGAACUUGGAGGGAAGUUUCUCAGCUGGAAUGCACCUGAACUUGUCAAGUUCCAGGACAAGCAGUGAUGAGACCGUACAGAGAAAUCACUUUUGGAUAUGUCAGCGAAUUCCAAGGAUAUGACAAUAGAAUAGACAUAUAGUGGGGUUGGGCUUCAGUUGAAAGAUGAAAAGUCUCGAAGUUUAUCAGCAUCAGACGAAUGUCUUCAGCAUUAGCAUGGAAUGUUACAUCAUAAGCCGGAAUAGAAAGAUGAAAUGUUGAAUAUUUACCUUGUUGUAUCGAGG